GAUAUAACAAGCUCAGCCGCACACCCCAUUACCCUCCCACCUUGGCCACAGAAGGUUUUUCAGCGGAGCUCAGCCAUGGGUAUCGAUCUGGAAGCAGGAGGAAAGAGCAAGAAGACCAAGCGGACGGCGCCGAAAUCCGAUGAUGUUUACUUGAAGCUUCUUGUCAAGCUCUACCGAUUUUUGGUGCGAAGAACAGGUAGCAAGUUCAAUGCCGUGAUUCUGAAGCGCCUCUUCAUGAGCAAGAUAAACAAGCCUCCACUGUCCCUCUCCAGGCUGAUCUCUUUCAUGUCGGGAAAGGAAGGUAAGAUUGCUGUUUUGGUGGGCACCAUUACAGAUGAUAUCAGGGCCUAUGAAGUCCCAGCUAUCAAAGUUUGUGCAUUGAGGUUCACCAAAACUGCAAGGGCAAGGAUUGAGAAAGCUGGCGGAGAAUGCCUGACAUUUGACCAAUUGGCUCUGAGGGCUCCAUUGGGGCAGAACACGCUUCUACUCAGAGGUCCAAAGAACUCACGUGAAGCAGUAAAACACUUUGGUCCUGCUCCUGGUGUUCCUCACAGUCACACCAAGCCAUAUGUGCGUGCUAAGGGAAGAAAGUUUGAGAGGGCUAGGGGUAAAAGAAACAGCAGGGGAUACAAGGCUUAGUUUUUUUCAUUAUAUUGUUAUCAAUAUUAUCAAGUUGUCUUCUUUUGUAUCUUUGAAUCAAAUUUUGCAAAAAGACUUGAGUUUGUUGCUACCAGUUCCUGCUUUUGUUGUUACUGUGUUUAUUUUACUACAUAAGUGGUAGGUCCUUUGCUGUGGCUUUGCAUCAAUUUUUUUUUUAUCGAUCGUUAGUUGUCUUCGAAAACAAAGAUAUUUCCAUUUAAUGUUUUUCUCUAUAUGUUGAUUUGUUAGUGUAUGGCGUAUGCCUGACUGGUGCCAUUUUUUAUUUAUUGUUUUAACUAUUUUUUUGUUCUGUGGUCAAGGGCCCAUCAUUGAUCAAGAAAAUGUACUCUCAUUGUUUCCCAUCCAAUGUUAUAGAGUCUGUCCCCAGAUUUUUGUUUGUGCUUUUUUGCUUUUAAUUAGCUAAGCAAAUGUUUUGAACGUUUGCUUUAAGAAUUUUAUUAUGUGUUGGUAG